GGCUCCCGCCUCCCCACCCGCCCCUGGAGGGCGGGACUUGGCUGUACCCACGUGUGGUGGAGUUAUAUGCUCCGAGCCCCGCAGAGAAGCUGGGAGUGCAGCACUGAGCCAGAUCGGUUAGAGCAGCGGCACGAUGGCUGGCAAGAAAGUCUGCAUUGUAGGCUCCGGCAACUGGGGCUCUGCUAUCGCCAAGAUUGUGGGUGGCAAUGCGGCCCAGCUGUCACACUUUGACCCACGGGUGACCAUGUGGGUGUUCGAGGAAGAAGUCGGGGGAAAAAAGCUGACAGAGAUCAUCAACACACAGCAUGAGAAUGUCAAAUACCUGCCAGGGCACAAGUUGCCCCCCAACGUGGUGGCUGUCCCAGAUGUGGUCCAGGCUGCAGCCGGUGCUGACAUCCUGAUCUUUGUGGUGCCCCAUCAGUUCAUCGGCAAGAUUUGUGAUCAACUCAAGGGCCACCUGAAGGCAAACGCCAUUGGUGUAUCUCUUAUUAAGGGGGUAGACGAGGGCCCUAAAGGGCUGAAGCUCAUCUCUGAAGUGAUUGGGGAGCACCUUGGCAUCCCCAUGAGUGUGCUGAUGGGGGCCAACAUUGCCAGCGAGGUGGCUGAUGAGAAGUUCUGUGAGACAACCAUUGGCUGCAAGGACAAGGCCCAAGGAGAGCUUCUGAAAAAGUUGAUGCAGACACCCAAUUUCCGCAUCACAGUGGUGCCAGAGGUGGAUACAGUAGAGAUUUGUGGGGCCUUAAAGAAUAUAGUGGCCGUGGGAGCUGGCUUCUGUGACGGGCUGGGCUUUGGUGACAACACCAAGGCAGCGGUGAUCCGACUGGGGCUCAUGGAGAUGAUAGCCUUUGCCAAGCUCUUCUGCAGUGGCCCUGUGUCCUCUGCCACCUUCUUGGAGAGCUGUGGUAUCGGUGACCUCAUCACCACCUGCUACGGAGGGAGGAACCGAAAGGUGGCCGAGGCCUUCGUCCGCACAGGAAAGCCCAUUGAGCAGCUGGAGAAAGAGAUGCUGAAUGGGCAGAAGCUGCAGGGGCCCCCGACAGCCCGGGAGCUACACAGCAUCCUCCAACACAAGGGCAUGGUGGACAAGUUCCCUCUAUUCAUGGCUGUGUACAAGAUAUGCUAUGAGAACCAUCCAGUGGGUGAAUUCAUCUGUUGCCUGCAGAAUCAUCCAGAACAUUUGUGAGCGGAGCUGGGGCCAGGCCAGGCAGCUUCUUUACCCCAGUGGAGAUAGUCAGAAGCUUGGGGUACCUGGCCACCAGGAUCUCUGGGACUCUCCAUGGAGCAGCCUCUUCUGGGGGACAGGAGGCUGUGGGGCCCAACUACCUGCCUGGAGAUCCUGAACCAUCAAGCAGCCCAUAGCCUCUUGCCACCACAUCUCGCCAGAAAUGGAGUUGCCUUGUCCCUCUCCAGAUGCGGGGUUUUCUCCUUGUCCUCUGAAAGGGGUAGAAUCACACCCCAGUCCUGUCUGCUUUGGGUGUGUGUGUUGAGGGGAGGGUGAAGGGAGAGGGAGGCAAGGGCUGCCCACUGCUGCCUCUCACACACCAGAAGUCCUGUCCCCAAGCCCAGUUAAAUGGCUAAAGAAGUACCUCAGCCACAAGAGGAAUGAGGUAAGGGCUGCCAAGGAGGGGUCUGGGCUUUUGAGCCGACAGAGGCCCCAGGGACCCCUUUGCUCUGACCUCUGCCAAGCCCCACACAGCAUCAAUGGAUCUCAGUGUUUGUUAACAAAAUACAAAGCUCUCAACCCCC